UCGGGGACCGGACCGCUCGGCCCCGCAGCCCGACUCCCCGGCCGCCCCGUCCUCUGCGGAGCCCGCGGCAGCACGGGCUGCCGCCUCCGCAGCCAUGUGGGUCCCCACGGAGCACGAGAAGUUUGGCGUGGUCAUUGCUGGUUUUCGAGGAACGGUUCCCUAUGGCCUCUCGUUAGAGAUUGGUGAUACGGUGCAGAUCCUGGAGAAGUGUGAUGGCUGGUACAGAGGAUUUGCCUUAAAAAACCCAAGCAUCAAGGGUAUAUUUCCUUCCAGCUUCAUUCACUUGAAGAACGCCUCUGUUAAGGAUAAAGGGCAGUUUGAAAUGGUGAUUCCCACAGAGGACUCUGUAAUCACGGAAAUGACAUCCACUCUGAGAGACUGGGGGACCAUGUGGAAGCAGCUCUAUGUGAGGAAUGAGGGGGACCUGUUCCACCGCCUGUGGCACAUAAUGAACGAAAUCUUGGACUUGCGACGCCAGGUCCUCGUGGGCCACCUCACCCAUGACCGGAUGAAGGAUGUGAAACGGCACAUCACUGCACGCCUGGACUGGGGUAACGAGCAACUGGGCCUGGACUUAGUUCCUAGGAAGGAGUAUGCCAUGGUGGACCCUGAGGAGAUCAGCAUCACUGAACUUUACAGACUGAUGGAGCAUCGGCAUCGGAAGAAAGACACCAUGGUCCCUGCCAGCAGUCACCACCUGUUCAUCCAAAUGAAGAGUCUGAUGUGUUCCAACCUCGGGGAGGAGUUAGAAGUGAUUUUCUCCCUCUUUGACAGCAAGGAAAACCGACCAAUCAGCACCAGGGGCAGCAUCCUGGUUGAUGCCACGAGAGGUUUUUUUUUGCGCCUGAAUAGGAAUGGGUUGCCCAAGGCUCCAGAAAAGCCCGAACGCCACUGUUCCCUCUUUGUGGACUUGGGCAGCAGCGAGCUCAGGAAGGACAUCUACAUCACGGUGCACAUUAUCCGGAUAGGCCGCAUGGGGGCUGGGGAGAAGAAGAAUUCCUGCAACGUCCAGUACCGUCGGCCCUUUGGCUGUGCUGUGCUCAGCAUCGCAGACUUGCUGGCUGGAGACACCAAAGAUGACCUCGUCCUCAAAGUGUACAUGUGCAACACUGAAAGUGAGUGGUAUCAAAUCCAUGAAAACAUUAUCAAAAAGCUGAAUGCCCGCUACAACCUGACAGGCUCCAAUGCUGGGUUGGCCGUCUCCCUGCAGCUGCUGCAUGGGGACAUCGACCAGAUUCGGCGGGAGUGUACGUCGGUGUUCACGCAUGGGGUGUCCAUCACCAGGAAGCUGGGCUUCUCCAACAUCAUCAUGCCUGGUGAAAUGCGAAAUGAUUUAUACAUCACCAUCGAGAAGGGCGAGUUUGAGAAAGGAGGGAAGAGCGUGGCUCGGAAUGUGGAAGUGACCAUGUUCAUCGUGGACAGCAGUGGCCAGAAUCUGAAGGAUUUCAUCUCCUUUGGCUCUGGAGAGCCUCCGGCCAGUGAAUUCCACUCCUUCGUGCUGUACCACAACAACAGCCCCCGCUGGGCCGAACUGCUGAAGCUGCCCAUUCCUGUGGAUAAAUUCAGGGGCUCUCACGUCCGCUUUGAAUUCCGCCACUGUUCAACAAAAGAGAAGGGUGAGAAGAAGUUGUUUGGAUUCUCCUUCGUGCCCCUGAUGCAGGAAGAUGGGCGGACCCUGCCUGAUGGCACUCACGAACUCAUCGUACACAAGUGUGAAGAGAACACGAACCUCCAGGACUUUAGUCGCUACCUCAAACUCCCCUUUUCCAAGGGCAGCCUCCUCGGCAGCAACAGCCUAGCAGGGAAAACCACUAAAGAAUCUUUCUGGAUAACAUCUUUCCUCUGUUCCACAAAGCUCACCCAAAACGGGGAUAUGCUUGACCUCCUAAAGUGGCGAGCCCACCCAGACAAGAUAACAGACUGCCUCUCCAAGCUGAAAGAUAUCGAUGGGUCGGAGAUAGUGAAGUUUCUCCAAGACACGUUGGAUACUUUAUUUGGAAUUUUAGAUGAAAAUUCUCAAAAAUAUGGGUCAAAGGUAUUUGAUUCCUUGGUCCAUAUAAUAAAUCUACUGCAAGACAGCAAAUUCCAUCAUUUCAAGCCUGUAAUGGACACCUAUAUUGAGAGCCACUUUGCUGGAGCACUCGCCUACAGAGACCUUAUCAAAGUGCUGAAAUGGUAUGUGGACCGGAUCACUGAAGCAGAGCGCCAGGAGCACAUCCAGGAGGUGCUCAAGGCCCAGGAAUAUAUUUUUAAGUACAUAGUUCAGUCUCGGAGGCUGUUUUCCCUCGCCACUGGUGGCCAGAAUGAAGAUGAAUUCCGCUGCUGCAUCCAGGAGCUCCUCAUGUCAGUCCGAUUCUUCCUCUCUCACGAAAGCAAAGGGUCAGGAGCCUUAUCUCAGUCCCAGGCCGUUUUCCUGAGUUCCUUCCCAGCAGUGUACUCGGAGCUGUUGAAGCUCUUUGAUGUGCGAGAGGUAGCGAACCUGGUGCAUGACACCCUGGGCAGCCUGCCAACCAUCAUGCAUGUUGAUGAUUCUCUCCAGGCAGUGAAGCUUCAGUGCAUUGGGAAAACAGUGGAAAGCCAGCUUUACACUAACCCAGACUCCCGCUCCAUCCUGCUGCCUGUGGUCUUGCACCAUCUUCACAUGCACUUGCAGGAACAGAAGGACCUGGUCAUCUGUGCCCGGAUUCUGAGUAACAUCUUUUGCCUCAUCAAGAAGAACAGUUCGGAAAAAUCUGUCUUGGAGGAAAUUGAUGUGAUUGUGCACAGUCUGCUAGAUAUCCUGCUGAGAACCAUCCUGGAGAUCACCAGCCGGCCUCAGCCUGCGGGAACUGCCAUGCGGCUCCAGUUUCAGGAUGUCACCGGCGAGUUUGUCGCAUGUCUCUUGUCUCUGUUACGGCAGAUGACAGACCGACAUUAUCAACAGCUUCUUGAUGGCUUCAGCACCAAGGAGGAGCUGAGGGAUUUCCUACUGCAGAUUUUCACUGUGUUUCGAAUCCUGAUUCGGCCUGAGAUGUUUCCUAAGGACUGGACUGUCAUGCGCUUGGUGGCUAACAAUGUCAUCAUUACAACAGUGCUGUACCUCUCGGAUGCACUAAGGAAGAACUUCUUAAAUGAAAACUUUGAUUACAAGAUCUGGGACUCCUACUUUUACCUCGCAGUCAUUUUCAUCAACCAGCUGUGCCUGCAGUUGGAGAUGGUCACACCUUCCAAAAAGAAGAAAGUGUUGGAAAAGUAUGGAGAUAUGCGGGUGACCAUGGGCUGUGAGAUCUUCAGCAUGUGGCAGAACCUGGGGGAGCACAAACUCCACUUCAUCCCUGCGCUCAUCGGCCCCUUCCUAGAAGUGACUCUGAUUCCUCAACCGGACCUGCGCAGUGUCAUGAUUCCCAUCUUCCAUGACAUGAUGGACUGGGAGCAGCGGCGCAGUGGCAGCUUCAAGCAAGUGGAGGCCAAACUGAUCGACAAAUUGGACAGUUUGAUGUCUGAAGGAAAAGGGGACGAGACAUACCGGGAGCUCUUCAACAGCAUAAUCCCACUAUUUGGUCCAUAUCCUAGCCUCCUAAAGAAAAUUGAGCGGGAAACAUGGAGAGAGAGUGGCGUUUCAUUAAUUGCCACUGUAACACGCCUGAUGGAGAGGCUCCUGGACUACAGGGACUGCAUGAAGAUAGGGGAAGUGGAUGGCAAAAAAAUUGGCUGCACCGUGAGCCUCCUGAACUUUUAUAAGACUGAACUGAACAAGGAGGAGAUGUACAUUCGCUACAUCCACAAACUCUAUGAUUUGCACCUGAAAGCCCAGAACUUCACAGAGGCGGCCUACACACUCUUGCUGUAUGAUGAGCUGCUGGAGUGGUCUGACCGGCCGCUAAGGGAGUUCUUGACCUACCCCAUGCAAACUGAGUGGCAGCGCAAGGAAUACCUUCACCUCACCGUCAUCCAGAACUUUGACAGAGGCAAAUGCUGGGAGAACGGCAUUAUCCUGUGCAGAAAGAUCGCUGAGCAAUAUGAGAGCUAUUAUGACUAUCGGAACCUCAGCAAGAUGAGGAUGAUGGAAGCUUCUUUAUACGACAAAAUUAUGGACCAGCAGCGUCUGGAGCCGGAGUUCUUUAGAGUUGGAUUUUAUGGGAAAAAAUUUCCAUUUUUCCUGAGAAACAAGGAGUUUGUGUGCCGCGGGCAUGACUAUGAACGUCUGGAGGCUUUCCAGCAGCGCAUGUUGACUGAGUUUCCACACGCCAUCACCAUGCAGCACGUCAACCAGCCCGACGAGACCAUCUUCCAGGCCGAGGCGCAGUAUCUGCAGAUCUACGCGGUUACUCCCAUCCCGGAGAGCCAGGAGGUCCUGCAGAGAGAGGGCAUCCCAGACAACAUCAAGAGUUUCUACAAAGUGAACCACAUCUGGAGAUUCCGCUAUGACCGGCCAUUCCACAAGGGGACCAAGGACAAGGAGAAUGAAUUCAAGAGCCUGUGGGUAGAAAGGACUUCCCUGAUCCUGGUGCAGAGUUUGCCUGGCAUUUCCCGCUGGUUCGAGGUGGAGAAGCGUGAAGUGGUGGAAAUGAGUCCUCUGGAGAAUGCCAUUGAGGUACUGGAAAACAAGAACCAGCAGCUGAAGACCCUUAUUAGUCAGUGCCAGACACGGCAGAUGCAAAAUAUUAACCCACUCACCAUGUGUCUGAAUGGAGUUGUCGAUGCUGCCGUCAAUGGAGGAGUAUCCAGGUACCAGGAGGCGUUCUUUGUGAAGGAGUACAUGCUGAACCACCCAGAGGAUGGAGAGAAGAUCACGCGGUUGAGGGAGCUGAUGCUGGAGCAGGCGCAGAUCCUGGAGUUUGGCUUGGCCGUGCACGAGAAGGUUGUGCCACAGGAUAUGAGGCCUCUGCACAAAAAGCUAGUUGACCAAUUCUUCGUGAUGAAGUCCAGCUUGGGCAUCCAGGCACAGGAGUUCUCCGCCUGCAUCCAAGCCAGCCCAGUGCACUUCCCCAACGGGAGCCCGCGAGGCUGUCGGAACUCCGCUCCUGCAUCCAUGAGCCCGGAUGGUGCCCGUGGGAUCCCUCGGCGCAGCCCAUUAAGUUACCCAGCAGUCAAUAGAUACUCAUCAUCUUCACUGUCAUCGCAAGCCUCUGCCGAAGUCAGUAACCUCACGGGCCAGUCUGAGAGCUCUGAUGAAGUCUUCAACAUGCAGCCCAGCCCAUCUACCUCAAGCUUGAGCUCAACUCAUUCUGCUUCUCCUAACGUGACCAGCUCGGCCCCAUCCAGCGCCAGAGCCUCGCCCCUCCUCUCCGACAAGCACAAACAUUCCCGGGAGAACGCAUGCCUGUCCCCCCGAGAAAGGCCGUGCAGUGCCGUCUACCCCACCCCUGCGGAGCCCUGCCAGAGGAUGCUGUUUAAUCACAUUGGAGAUGGAGUUCUGCCUCGGAGUGACCCGAGUCUCUCGGGCCCUGAGAAAGCUGUGAACCCCAUUCCCAGCAGCUGGAGCCUGGACACUGGGAAAGAAGCCAAGAGCAUGUCAGACGGAGGGAAAUUUAUCUCUCCCCCGGUCCCGCCGAGGCCCACUCAGACUGCUUCUCCAGCAAGACAUGUGGCAGCUGUGUCCCCAUCUCCUGCUGGGCGAUCUCCAAUGAAGGGCUCCGUGCCAUCAUUCACACCAUCUCCGGUGGACUAUCACUCCUCAGGACUGAUCUCCAACUCCCCAGCCCUGUCGGGGAGCUACAGCAGUGGCAUCUCCUCCCUCAGUCGUUGUAGCACAUCUGAAACCUCAGGCUUUGAAAAUCAAGGAAGCGAGCCCACGGUUGUGGCGGUGAGCUACAGUGUCCCCGAGGAGCCGGUGCGGAAGGAGAGCAAGACCCCACCCCCAUAUAGUGUCUACGAGCGGACCCUGCGGCGCCCUGUCCCGCUACCUCACAGCCUCUCCAUCCCCAUCCCUGCUGAGCCCCCAGCCCUGCCACCCAAGCCCCUCCUGGUGCGCUCCAGCAACCUGGACAAUGUCAGUCGGAGGACAGAGCCGGCCCCACGCCCUAGGCCGCUCCCACGGAAGGUGUCUCAGCUCUAAGCCACCUCUUGGGGGCCUCUGGCGGCCUGGGCCAAGGCCCUGGAAGGAAGGACGUGGGCGGGAUCUAGGCCGAGGCCCCAGAAGGAAAGAUGCGGGUGGGUUCUGGGUCAAGGCCCUCGAAGGAAGGACGUGAGCAGGAUCUGGGCUGAGGCCCCCAGAGGGAAGGAAGCAGGCAGGGACCUGGGCUGAGUCUCAGGAAGAAAAAAUGUGGGAGGGUUCUGGACUGAAGCCCCAGAGGAAAGGACGUGGGUGGAAGCCUGGGCAGAAGCCUGGAAGGAAAGACGCGGGAGGGUUCUGGGCCAAGGCACCGGAAGGAAGGACAUGAGCAGAGGCGGAGGGUGUUGGCACUUUACUCCUUUUCUGAUUCUCUUUAAGUGAAUGACGUAAAACUUGCUUAGCCCUAGUUAGUUGCACAGUGUCCCAUUCAGUGACUGUUCUAGGACGCCAGAGCACAGAGAGAGAGAGAGAGAGAAAUAGAGAGAGAGAGAGAGAACUUCAAAAAAACAGACUCUUGAAGUUCAAAGUGGUAAAUUGUGACACAGACCUUUUUGUAUCUUUUUAUGUUCCCUUUUUUUUAACCUAGUUUACUCUUCAAACUCACACAAAACUGUCCUUUAGGUUACCGUGGUGUAGUUUUUACUGAAAACUUGAUACUUCAAAAAAGCUUCUUCUCAAAACCAAUGCAUUCCCUAACCUGCAUAUUCUUCACCUAGGAGACCCGUGGAAUUGGGUCAGCAGCAGCCAGUGCCAACUGGUCUGGCCAGUGCUGUGAGAGACAAGAUUAGGUUAGAUAGACCAUCCGUCCAAAUACCCAUCUACCCUCAGGGGGCUGUCAGCGUCUUUCGUGAACCGGGCUCAGUUUGAAAAGUCAAAGAUUGCUGGGAGUUGACAGGGGCAGCCUGCUAACCACACCCUCAGAGGACACAGCACUGGCAAAUCAGCUCCUUGGGGCUCCAUUAGAGUUUGCAGAUGGAGCUGGUGACAUUUCUAUUUCUUUAAAGGUGCCAUUUACCUUCGGUAUCUCUGCAGCUAGCCCCGACAUGGUUCCUUCUUGGCCGACGCUGUUGGAGUUGUUCUUCCAAACCUGAAACCAUCUUCCAUAAAAUUCGUCAUUGAGGAUGAACAGAUGUUCAAGCAUUAAAUAGGCACAAAUAAAUGUUUCCCAUUAACAGAGCUCCUGGAAUCGAUACUAGCCAGUAUUAAUUCAAUACAGCAAAUAGAAGGGGAGUAUACUCUUCAAGAAUAUCUAUUAGCCUGAUGAAACAGCAUCGGGACUUGGAAAAGACAAGGGCAUUAAUUCAAUUCUGCACAAAAUAGAAAAAUCCCAAACCACUCUUUCAUCUCCUUUCCCCCUUUCUGCCCUCUUCCCCUCCCCCCCUCCCAUCAUCACCACCACCGCCUCCUCCCUAGAGCUAUCCUGAUUCCCCUGACCGAGUUAGGCCUUUCCAGAAGGGCUCUGAACUCUCCGUUCUCCCUUCUAGUAGAAACUCUGACCCCCAGCACCUGCAGGCCACUGAAGGCGGUGACCCAAGACCCCCUCAAAGGGUUGUGGCGAAGCACCUUGUAUGUACUUUUGUAUUUUGUACUUUUUCUUUUCUCUGAUUGGCUGUGUAGAAAACCCUCAUUGGACAGCGGACCAGGGAACUGAGUUUCAGACCAAGAGGUUCAAAUCUAUUCUAUCUCUUGUGUCAGGAACCCGAUGUGGGUUUAACUGUUGUCUGCUUUUGUUGCCAGCCAACUCGGAAGAUGGUGACCACUUUUUUAUAUUUUCUCUCAGUGAAACUGUUCAGCAGCUGUCAAGGGUGAUGAUAGAGGUUUUCUAUAAUAAAUGUCCAAGUAUUUUUGUACAUAACUGGUUAAUUUUAAUAAGAUAUACCAUGACGUGUAAAAAAAUGAAAUAAAAGCAAACUGUUGUGUAUGCAGUAUGAUUGUUAUAAUUAUGCCAAACACUUUAUGUAUGGAAAAAAGAAUAUUUGUACAUAUGUGCUUUUAACAAUAAUUCUGCCAUAUUGACUUUACAAUUUUGAAUGUCAGAAGAAAUUAAUAUAUGUUAAAAAUAUUUAUGUUUUAGUGAAAGUAUUCAUAAUCCAAGAACCUGUGGAUUUUAGCUUUGCAACCUGAAAUUUCUCAAACCUGCUCUUGCUUUUGAAGAGAACACUUUGCAUUUGUCAUCACAUGCUCCGAGCUGGAGGAGGCUACGGAUUCCUGUGACUCCCAAGAGGCCAUGCCUCCCAUUCAAGUUGGGUGUCACCUGUCCAUCCGAUAACAAAGCUGCUUUGGUUUCCUCACCCUGUGCAGUUUAAUGGGUUUGUUGACUCGUGCCUGAGCACAGAAUGAAUCAGUGUUAACUGCUCAGGAAGCCAUUUUGGAUUCUGGCAGUGAGCAGAAUUGUUGCAUUUAUCACGUACGUGUGUUAUGGGAGUCCUUUUUGCAGCCGAACACUUCAUGCGAUUCUGUUUGCCCUGAUGUUCAUGAUGUUUCUGCAGAAUGGUCAAUAUGAAAUAAAAGGACUCGAUUAAUCGUAA